GUCUUUCAGCUGGGAAGGGGUGGCAGUCACUCACUCUCCCAAGUGCCUUGAACCAAACAAGUGUGAGAAACACUGAAGGGAUUGCGUUCUGUGAUUGUGGAGGCCAGUCACAACAGGCAGAAUGCGGGACAUGUUGGAGAGGCUGCAGACCAUUAGUGUGGAGCAGGAGGUCUAUGAACCAGACUGUUAUGGACCUGAGUAUGACAUAGACAAGACGACCCUGUCUCAUCAAGUGGUGCUUUUUGAGAACUCCUCAACUAUUGACAAAAUCCUGAAGGAGGCCCACUCCAUACGCAGGGAGAUCUCCCUACUCCACUUAGAGGUUGAGCGACUGACAAAACACAAUGAACGCUUUGCGACUUCUGUGCGACGCCUCACCCUACUCAAAAAGGACUCUGACUCCAUUGCCAAGGGGAUCCAGCAACGUGGGGAGGCUCUGUAUGGUCGCCUGCAGGCUCUGGGCAAGGAGAGCAGCCAGCUUGAAGAGAAAGAAGGUCACAACUCUGCCGUUAGCCGCAUUGCCCGAGCUCAAUAUGAGACACUGACCCGAACCUUCCAUGCUGUCAUGGGUGAUUACAACGAGGCUGAAGAGACGCAGAGGAGUACAUGUCGGGGCAGGAUCCAGAGGCAGGCCUCCAUUGUAGGGACUGAAAUCACUGAUGAGCAGCUGGAUGAGUUGGUGGACAAAGGUGGUGAGGGAUGGACUGAGCUGUCCCAAAGUUUGCAGACAGAAGGUGCACGCUCAUGCCGGUGGGCACUGUGUGAGAUCAAAGGCAGACACAAGGAACUGGUGGCGCUGGAGGCCAGGCUGAGGGAGGUCCAUGAACUGUUCCUGAACAUGGCCAUGCUGGUGGAGGAACAGGGAUCCAUGCUCAAUAACAUUGAGAGCAAUGUGUGUAACACUGAGGAAUAUGUUGAAAAGGGCAAUGUUGACAUCAAGAGGGCUCUUCGGUACAAGAAGAAAAAUCCUUUUCUCCACUGUUGUCCCUGUCUCCCCUGUUGGAGAAACAACCAAACAUUUUAGGACUUUUUGACUUUAUGCAAUUUUAUGGAUGAUCAAAAACUAAAAUAAAUAUUUACCUAUGUAAAAAGUUGUUGACAGAUGAAAAGAAAUGUUACACAAUAUGCCCUUUUCAUGGUAAAUCGAACCUUUACAAGGAGAAUCACUUUUGCACUGAAAAGUAGCUUUCUGUAUUUCUUUACCUGAUGUGAGAAGCUUUGAACUGUUCAAGGUCUGGAGUUUCCAGCUGCCUGAAAUUUGAUUUACGGUAAAAUACCUCAGAGAAUUAAUCCAGUUGUGGGUGUGUGUGCAUGAGAGAAGUUAACAUUUUGAAAGGAUGUGAUUUUGACUUGAAACAAUAAACAUUUUAUGCAAUUUAUGCAAAAUAAACUCUGUUGCACU